GAGACGGGCAGCAGCAUCAGCACCAGCAGCAUCUGAACGGCGUAGCCGCGUAGCAACUAGCAAGUGACAGGGAAGGAGGAUGUCGGGAGCCCAGGGCGCGCACCCGGUCGGCCAGACGACGCCGACGACGUACGAGUCGGUGGGCGGCGGGGAGAACCGCACGCGCACGGACCUGCGGUCGCGGGAGGACCAGGGCGCCAUCCAGAUCGAGAAGGUGCAGGACAAGGUCGACGAUGCCGCGGGGCGAGGGGUGGACCACGGCGCCUUCGGCGACAAGAAGGAGGGCCGCCACGCCAACGCCGACGCAGGGGCCACCGGCACCGGCGCCGGCGCGUGACCGGCCGGGGCCAUGGCUCGCGCGCUCGUGCUGUACGUGUGUGUCUGCGGUAGUUGUGCGCAUGUUCUUGCUCUGUUUACCUGCGUGUGAAACAUUUCUAUGUACGCAACCCGUGCUUGUGGAAGAUGGCAAUGACUGAUGAAAUAACAUGGUAGUGGACCGUCUGGUUUGAAUCCUAGUUUUAA